AGGUGAACGGCUCACUCGAGUGGCUUUAGGAAGACACAGUGGAGUUGAUAGCUUCGUCUUCUUCCUCGCCUCCGCCCACCUCUCUUAGUUUCCAUUUUACUCCACUCUCUCUCUCUUCGAGCUUUGGUGAUGAAUCGUCUGCUAUUUGGGGGCUGAGAUUUAUCGCUUGAGGAGUGGAAGGAAGGUGAAGAUCGAAAGAUGUUGGAUGGUAUUCUCGGCCGGGGCUUUGCAUCCAGAUGCAAAUCCCUGAUUAAAUUAACCAAAAGUCGGAUCGAUGUGAUUCGGAGGAAGAAGAAAGCAACUCUGAAAUUUCUGAAGAAAGAUAUUGCUGAUCUACUCGCAAAUGGCCUCGACAUUAAUGCUUAUGGAAGGGCUGAGGGACUUCUAGUUGAAUUGACAAUUUCGUCCUGUUAUGAUUUCGUGGAGCAAUCAUGUGAUACCGUGUUGAAACAUCUUCCAAUUAUGCAAAAGCAGAGGGAAUGCCCUGAGGAAUGUCGCGAGGCUAUUGCAUCUCUAAUGUUUGCUGCCGCAAGAUUUUCUGAUUUGCCAGAAUUGCGUGAGCUCAGGCAACUUUUUCAGGAGAGAUUUGGGACUUCUUUGGAACAUUUGGAGAACCAAAAGUUUGUUGAAAAUUUAGCUUCCAAGCCUUUCACAUUGGAGAAGAAAGUUCAGCUAUUGCAAGACAUCGCAUUGGAGUUUUCAAUUAAGUGGGAUUCAGUGGGUUUUGAGAAGAGAAUGUCUACUCCCCCAGCCUAUGCUCAGGGUCUACCUAAAGAUUUUGGGUCUUCCAAUGCUGCAGUAGAAAAAGGUCGUUCCCAUGCGAAGGAAUUUGAUCCAAGAGUGGGGAAGGAUGGUACACCAUUCAAAGAAAAUUUUGAGCAUGGAAAUGGCAGGCCCAGAUUCGUCAAUCCCAGUGAUAGUACCAUAUCAGGAGGAAAAGAACUCAAGUUUCAGCCUAGACAGGAACUACCUGGAAAUGGACACGAGAAGAGGGUACAUAACAAAGAAGAGUCAAUUUUGAAAUCAGAUGGCCAUAUGAAUCAUUUUGGAGAGAAGAACGGUUCAACUAUUGGUAGGCAUGAAGCUAGUAAUGGGAUGGUGGGUUCUGCCCCCAGAACUGGUAGAAUGGGCAGUUCUUCUUCGAGUGAAGUAUUGGAAGAUGCAGACAAUCGACCAGUUGUGCAUAAUGGGAGAGAACCAACAGUUCCAGAUUACUUGAAAUUCGAUGGCCACAUAAAUUAUUUUGGAGAAAAGAAAGGUUCCGCUGUUAGUAAGCAUGAAGCUAGAAAUGGGAUAGUGGGUUCUUCCCCGAGAACUGUUAGAAUGGGCAGUUCGUCUUCAAGUGAAGUAAUGGGAGAUGCAGAUGAUAGACAAGCUAUGCAUAAUGGCAGGAAACGGGCAGUUCCAGAUUACUUGAAGUUUCCGCCUCACAAUAAUCCAGGUGUUGCUCCUCCUAGUGGUGCAGGAUUGCAGUUAAAGACGGACAUUAAAGAGUCAUCAUCCGGUAAUACUCAUGCUGGGCACAAUGGAUAUGUAGACUUACUGGGGAAAGCCGAGAAUGAUAAACAUCAUGGUUUGAAACCCAGCUACAACAGUUCCCUCCCUCCAUAUGUAAAAGCCCACUCUAGAAGGAAGGAUCAUAGGGAUAGGGGCCAUGUGGAAUCAUCACGUACAGGCCACGACAACAAUUGCGUCUCCACAGAUCCUCAGAAGCAUGUCAGGUCAGAAACGACUGCAGGUGUCAUCCAAUUAGAACCACGCCACUCUGAUCAUGAGAGGCAGGUUACUAGUCCUAUGAGGCCAAAUAGUCAUGGUGAGAUGGAUCAUGUCUUUGGUGCUAGAUUACCUCCUAAUGAUCUGCCAAAACCAAGAUCAGUACGUAGAAAACACCACAAGCCACGGUCCAGUCAUCCAGUCAACAAUGCUGAGGAUGAACAAGUGGUGAGAAGGAAGUCAAGAAGUAGUAGGAGAAGGGAUGAUAAACAUGGCUUGCAGCUGUUGGUUGACGAUGAGGAGAAUGAAAGGGAUGAAGAAGAAAGGAUAAUAGACAAGCUUUUGAUUCAUUACAGUAAGAAAGCCUCAACCUUUGAACCAGGAAAGAUGAGAAGGAAACCUAAAAGUCAUCAUGCUAUUGAAACUGGUACUCAUGCUGCAGAAUCCCCUUUGAAUCUAAACAGAGAUGGGGCCGAUAAGCAGGCAGAUACGGUUCAUCCACCGGCACGAUCAGUUUCCCUUCCUCAUGAACAACUGGGUCCAUCAGAAGCAACAAAAGUAUUUACACGAGCCGCUUCCUUUCAGCCAGAUCGGUCAAGUGCAGCCAAACAUGUUCAUCCUAAGUUGCCCGACUAUGAUGAUUUGGCUGCUCGAUUUGCAGCCUUGAGAGGAAGGUAAACAUAAUGCACCACCAUUCAAAGUUUGUCUUCUCUAUGGUUACCUCUCACACGAACUUUUACCCAUUUCUCAUUGUAAAGCCCUUGCGUCGUGUGUCUGUGGGGCUGCAUCUUGUCACAUCUCCCAUCGACAGUCAUUGGUUUUUAAUUAUUCAUACUGUUAGCCUGUAAUAGCGAUUGUACGAUUCCAAAAUUUCAAAUGAUACACAGAUGUUGAUAGCCAAAUGUAAGAUCGACCCAUUCCCGAGUUGA